CAACGGGAAAGUCCGAGUUUCACUGUCAAUCCAUUCCACUCCCGCAAUUUCCCUAUUCCGGUCUGUUUUUGGUAUAGUACAUCUACUAACCUACUCACCUACGACGGCGAAGGCGACGACUGACAGUGAAUUUACCAAGGGCGAUUCUACCAUGAACACCAGCCGCAACGAAACGACGAUACGGUCUCGUUUCCAUCGCACAGCGCUGGGAACGGCAGUCAAGUUGAUGGCGGCAGCGGGAUGUUGUGUGGGGGCCUUGCGGGCCUACCAGAACAACAACAACAGCAUUACUGUGGGCCGUUCCCCCACGGCAGCUGCGGUAUUGUCCGCGAGUCCGCGACGUUUACAAGCCUUGGGUGACAAUGUCCCGGCCUACAUGCAGACUUACCUGCAGGAUUUGACGGAUCGACAAAAACUCUUUGACGAAACACCACCGGAAGAAGUCAAGUACUGGUUCGAGUACACGGGGCCUUUGCAGAAAUACUUUUACCGAUAUUCCAAAACGCGUGGCAAGGCGGAUUACUUUGAAGGACGGGACGACUCGGGUGUGGUCUCGGCACGCUUCGUGGAAGAAGCCGGAGCCAACGACGAGUAUAAGGAAUUUUUCCAACAACGGUCACCGGACCAGUUGCCGGAAGGCGAAGCCGACGCCUACGCUCGCUUGCUCGAAAACUGCAUCGCCCUCGGGAGCACGGCACGGCCGGACACGUCCGCCGGAACCGUAUGGAGUCAGUGGUUCCAGGAAAAUCAAGAUCGCUGCCGGAUUCUCUUUGCUAUCAACACGGUGGGUGCCGGACGUGGAUCCACCAUGCUCUGGGAAACCAACCCUCCCCGCGUACACGCCGAAGGACCGCAACCCUGGAUAUCCGAACAAGAAACCGCCGCCACGCAUUUGUUGCGCAAUCUCCAAGAGAUUGACGCCAUGUGCGCUACCGGAUGGAUCGCCGCCCGCGUACAAAUGCUCGUCUGUGAACCCAUUCCGGCCAAAUGGACCGAAUGGAUCGAUGCCCAACUCGUGCACUGUGGAGGCAAGCCCUGGCCGCUCGAUCGAGCCGUGGACGAAGAUAUGGACAUGGAAGACCGACCCAGUCCCGUGCAAAUCGUUGUGGUCGCUAGUGCUACCACGGCCGAUUCCUGUCACGAUCUCAAGAGUGGACUCAUGGAAAAGCGCACGCAGGAUCUCAUCCUCGCGCCCCCGCAUCUGGGCAAGGGAGGUAACGACGCCACUCAAAAGACCACUAACCCCGAUUUGGUCAGUAGCGGGGACUUUGAUCUGCACGUGGCCAUGAAGUGGACAACCUUGGUCAGUGUUCGCGCGGUCAACUCCUUUCUGCAAGCGAGCGCCGAUAUGGCCGCAGCGGCCUCCACCACCAACCCACCUAGUCCCACAGACAACGGUCCCUCUAGUCCCUUUCUGGUUCCUUCUUUUGUUCGCGUCGCGUACGUGAGCGAAGAAAACAGCAAAGUGGCCAAGUGGCGUAUGCACGGAGACUUUUUUCACCCAGCGGCCUGGGAAAUUUGCAAGGAUUCCUUUGAUAUGACUUGGAUUCCCAACUCGCUUUCCGGUGGUGGCGGUGUCAACGGAUUGUGCGACGCCGACAGCAACACGGCGGUGGCCCGCAAGCUUUCGGAGCGUCAGGAUUGCGGACAGUGGUGGGCGUACUUUACCGAACUCCAGAUGCCGACUAGUCCGGAAGUCUAUGCGAACGAAAAAACACCCCCUCCAGUUCUGGGCGGCAGCAACUUUUUCUGGAUGGUCACGGAGAGGCAGCGUGUGGAACUCGUCCAAGGUAUGGUCUGCCGUCACGAGGGCAAAUCCGACUGCCCAGCCGAACCCCAAGCCGUUAUUCCACUCGGUGAUCUCGAGAGCUUUCUCGUCAACUUUACCCCCAACACGGCCCUCGGCAAGAAGCACGUCAAGGGACGCCGUCCCGGCUACAGCCAGGAGGACGACCGUGAAGCCGACCGUCAGCGUGUGUUGGAGCGCAAACAAUUGCAGGACCACGAAGAAAUUGAGAAGGCCCUCUUUGAUUACACGAUUUACCCUGCUGCACUCUUUCACAAGGACGCAACGCUCAAGGCCGCUCGCGCUCGCGACGCCGCCCUCACCACUCAUCGCAAUGCCGAAGCGGUGGGCCCGCAAACAGUCAAGUCAAGUUAUUACGACGUGACGAUCACCAAGCCCCGGGGACCGGUCCUGGGAUGGUGCCAGGCGGCCGCGCGUAGGGGACUUUGCACCCUGUACGCGGACUACUUUCGUACGAGCAAUGACGAGCGGUGCAUGGAAGCGUGUGGCCUGAAACGGGACUUUGCACCGCUGUGAGAGCCGGCACCGGGAACUGUAUACGUCGGGACCGGACGGAGAUGAAUUUGCAUAUACAAAACUAUAACAACACUAGCCAGGAAAUUAACCUAC